AUGCCCGGCACAGACAUAACAUGCACCAUAUUCAAGACGUCGGAACCGAAGAUCCGUGUCUACUACCAGCACAUGGAACAUGGCAUCAUCGAGAAGUGCUACGACAGCAAACGCGGCUGGUAUGACGGAGUGGCCAAGUUCCCAAAGGUCCAACCCCGGACGUCCCUAGUUUGUACUAGUUACUGGCUCGGACAUUGUUGGAUCCGGGUCUUCUACAAUACUUCGAAUAUGAUGCGCGAGAUGGUUUACGAUGGCAAGUCUUGGGCCGAAGGACAUUUCCACGCGAACUGUAUUCCUGGAACGCAGAUUGCUUGCAUCAGCUGGAUAAAUGGCUCGCAUCCGGAUGUUCGCGUGUACUUCCAGGCUGGUCAUGAAGUCUCCGCGAUUACGGAGUAUGUAUGGACUCAGGGACGUUGGUCUUCUGGGAAGCUUUCGCUCCCUCCUGCAUGA